AUGCCUCCAUACGUCUACCUUGUGUCCGGUGCUAGUCGAGGAAUAGGGUUGGGUCUAGUCAAAGCUUUGGCCGAUCGCGAAGACACCGUUGUCUUUGCAGGCGCACGGAACCCAUCUGCUGCUGCAGAGCUGCAGAGGUUGGCCGCGGCGAAGCCGGACAAGGUUCACAUUGUGCAGCUCGUCUCCUCGGAUGAAGCUGGCAACAAAGCUGCAGUGGCGCGCAUCAAGAGCGUGGCUGGCCGUCUGGACGUCGUGAUAGCUAACGCAGGGAUCAACAGCUCGGUCGCGUCAGCUCUGGAAACCCCCGCGGAGGAGCUUCGCAAUCAUUUCGAGGUCAACGUCGUCGGAACUUUCAUAUUGUUCCGAGCGUGCUACGAGCUGCUGGCCGCAAGCACCUCGUCGCCGAAGUUUGUGAUGAUUUCGUCUUCGGGGGGUAGCAUCGCGACCGGGGCGCCUAUCCCGCUGCGCAUGCUUCCGUACGGCACGUCGAAAGCAGCGGAAAACUAUCUUGCGCGGAAGCUCCAUUUCGAACACGAGAAGGAUGGGCUUGUUGUCUUCCCUAUUUGCCCUGGUCCAGUGAUGACCGACGCCGCGGAGUUCAUCCUGUCGCAAGAGGAGAUGCUGCGUCAGGUGCCGUACAGAAGCGUGGAUGAAGUCGCACCUGAGCUGCUCGCUCGCGUCGACGAGGCAACCCGAGAGAACUCUGGUGGACAGUUCCUAGACCUCGUCAAGGGAAAACGGAUAGAAUGGUAG